GUUAGUAUGAAAACAUUGGACAAUAUCGUUUAUCUCUAGAAGAUUAUGAGCGCGCAUACGCAUAGCUAAAAGACUUCAAGUACAAGUAUCGUAUCGCCAAAGUUGGAAGGAUGCUCGACCGCUAUUGUUACCCUUCAGUCAGCUGUCAGCCGUCCUAGGGGGUGGUUUGAGAAAGGGACGUCGGAACACAGGAUCGAAAAAGCUCUCCCUAUCUUGUAAUUGAACGACAGUAUUAUUAUCUGACAGAACUCAUAAACUGCGUUUCGAAUCGUAUGACAAAGAAUUAAUCUACGAUAAAACCGAGAAAAAUAUUUGAAUAUCGAGAGAAAAAUUACUUCAAAAUUAUCAGAAAGAAAUAUUCUUAUUUAUAAAAUUAGAAUCUCUUACAGGAUAAAUUUCUUCAAUAAAAGAACAAUGAUAGAAUUCGUAUAUUGAAAAAGAAAUAUACGAAUAUUAAGUAACUAAUAAUUUUAUUUAAUAAGGUAAUCUAAAAUAAAGUAGCCUAUAUCAAGAAGUUAAAUCGUUCCUUGAUUAAGAGAAUUUGUCGAGGAAUGAAUGAUGAUCGCAAUGAUCUAAAGGAGAGCAUGAUCGUGAAAUGGAGAAUUCAUCAUCGGAAUUAGAAAAGACCAAGUCAAUUUUUAAUCCAUGGAACGAUGCGCGUAUUUUAACGCAUGUCGUUUCAAACAGAACACCUAAUUUCGCUCAUCUAAGGAUAUUCGAUACGAAUAAAAUGCCGAAGCAAUCCUUCAACCGCAAUUCCGAGGAACUCGGAAACGAGAACAAUACCACUGACAAAUCGAACUUCGAUUAUUUUAAAACUAACAAUCCCAUGCCGUAUUCCAUCAACACUGUGCAUCUACAAAAUCCUUACAGACCGCCCCAACGAUUGGAAGGAUUUGCGUCCCGUGACAAUUCAAAGAGUAUGUAUCGAUCGCAAGAUUUCACGCUAAGAUCGAGGUACAACAACAACUUACUUACAACAAAAGAAUCAAUUGCAAAUAGAAACAACGAUCAAGAGAACGAAAAAGUUGAAAAAUCGAAGAAAAAGAAGCAUCAACUAUUGAACCAACUUAGUGAACUCACUAAGCAAUAUUGCACAAACAGCACUCUUCAUGGUUUGCGUUACAUCGGUAACUCGCAAUUGACAAUCGUAGAAAGAAUAUUCUGGAUAAUUUCGUUCACGGUCGCGCUGGGAGUGGCUGUAUAUUAUAUCUAUUUUCUUUAUCAAAAAUGGAAUGGAUCACCCGUCAUCAUUUCGUUAAGCCCCGAGCCGGUUUCCCUUAAUGAAUUCCCUUUUCCCUCUGUAACAAUCUGCAAUAUGAACAAUGUCAAGAGGACUGAAGCAAAUCGGAUCUUGAGCGGGUCUGACAUAGUGGAUCAAAUAAUGAUGGAAGAUCUCUGCAAUUCGGACUCAGACAACUUAACUCGUACUCACAUCCAUCCUGAUAGUGGGGUUAUAAACUGGGACAGAAUGCUGCGAUUUAUGAUCAAUGUAUCUCAACCGUGCACAGACAUGAUAUAUUAUUGUUUAUGGCACGGAAAUCAGACUGAGUGCGAGAGAAUUUUUAAUCCUACGAUGACCGAUGAGGGUAUUUGCUGCAAUUUCAACUCGGUGACCAAAAAACAUCUCUUUUAUAAUGCAGCCGAUUGGCCCGAUCUGAAUAUAACGUAUCCAUCCGUGAGCGUCGAUUGGAACGCCGAAAAAGGAUAUGAUGCAUCUAUGCCGGCGGAUGUUAUACCGUGGAGACCGUAUGGUGCUGGACUAUAUUACGGUUUGACUUUGGUGCUUGAUGUGGAAUCACAUGAAUAUUUUUGUUCGUCAACCGCUGGCAUGGGUUUUAAGAUGCUGCUCCAUAAUCCCGUUGAGACGCCGAAAAUCGCCGAUUUCUCGUUCUCGAUCACCCCCGGUGAGGAAACCCGGGUGAUCAUAAGACCGCGGAUAUCUACUGCUAGCAAGACGAUAAAGUCUAUACCAAAAAAGAAGCGAAAAUGCUUCUUUACGACAGAAAGAAAGUUACGUUAUUAUCGGACGUACACGCAGAGGAAUUGCAUUCUGGAGUGCGAAGCGAAUUUUACGCAGCAGAUCUGCGACUGCGUGCAGUACUAUAUGCCAAAAUCGGCAAAAACACCGAUCUGUGGCAAAAGUGACGAAUUAUGUGCUAUAAAAGCCAGGCGAGCUAUGGAAACCAAGCUCUACGAUGAGGAAUCGACGAGUCUGGUAAACGUCACGGAAAUACCAAGUUGCAACUGCUGGCCAGGCUGUUUCGAAAUCAGUUAUAGGAUAGAGCUCUCUCAGAAUAAAUUAUCAUCGACCUUCACCAUCGACAAACGAUACGUGAAGAAGAGUUCGGAAUAUUUCACGGAAAAUGCAGCGGUAGUUCAUCUAUUCUUUGUGGACUCUCAAUUCACAAAAUACGUAAAAAAUGAGCUUUAUGGAUUCACCGAAUUUUUGUCAAGUACAGGAGGCUUGCUGGGUCUCUUUCUGGGCUUUAGUUUUCUGUCAUUCAUGGAGAUUGUAUACUUUGCAACUAUGCGGCUGUAUUAUCGUUUACGUGAGGAUCGUCAGGAGUCGCAGAGAUCUAUUAUGCUUCAGAUACAGCCAUUGGAUGACAGAAAGAAAAUGAUCUAUCCUUUCAUGAAUUAAAAUUUGUCUCUUUCGCGAAUGCAAAUGCGAUGUAAAUAUAUAUAGCGAUUUAGUGUGUUAUGAAGUGUAUUAUUGAAAAAUGUAUCGAGUGUGCGUGUUUUCAAUAAAUUAAAAGUAUUAACAAGUCCCCGUAGAAUAAUACGAAGAAAAAAAUUAAAAAUUUGGGUUAGCAUAAUCGCAUUAAAAGGAAGUAAAAUCGCUGUCUUAUAAAUAUAAAGCAAUUAAUGAUUUGAAAAAUAACAUCGAUAUACGAAGAAAUUUACGAAAUGUAUAAAUUAGGAAAAAAUGAUACGUUACUUUGGUAAUUAAAUAAGGAAGAGGGGAAGGAGGCCGGGCUUUCCUCGUAUCGUGACGAAAUCUUCGUCCGAAAGGAAGCCUCGUUCUCGCAAUGUUUACCUUGUGUUUCCAAGUGCGAUUAGUUCGGCCGAACGCGAUCCUCAGCGAUGAUCAGCUGACGUUACAAUUAACAUCAUGUCACAUCGAGAACUCCGAGUAUUUCGGAUAAAUAGCACGGAAAUCUCUCGUCGAGGCUACACGGACACUCGCGACUUCGCCAUGACAGUUGCGGCGGCUACGUCACCUACUCGCGUGCGCAACGUCAUCGGAGUCGAUUAGUUGCGAUCACGUCGCGCGGAAAAAUUUGCAUUUACGUAUCAUUUAUUUUAAUUAUCAUGACAAAAAUUUCAGACUCGUCCAAACUAAAAAUUGUCGAAAUAAAGAGACGGCCUGUCGUAAACAACCAUAGAUAACACAAAUAUUGUUACGUAGCAUUUGCUUUUUAGAGAUUUUAAUUACGGAUAUAUUUUUUCAUCGAUAUAUCUCGAAUGAUCGAUAAAUUGGCUCCUUUAAGAAUUUUUCUGAAACA